CUUCUGGUUUAGAGUUACAAUUGGCUUUCGUCUGCCUGGAAAACAACUGGCAACCACCCUGCUUGCGAGAGCAACUAAAGAUCACUUCAGUUUAUCAGCGUUCACAGACAUGAACAUGACUGCAGAGAGCCACAGCAUCCCUCUAAGCGAUGGGAACCGGAUUCCACUGCUGGGACUCGGCACCUAUGGGGACCCCAGAACGACGCCGAGAGGUACAGCACUUGAGUGUGUCAAGCUGGCCAUAGAUGUGGGUUACAGGCAUUUUGAUGGUGCUUUGGUGUAUUUCAAUGAGCAUGAAGUGGGUCAAGCUAUUAGAGAGAAGAUUGCUGAAGGAGUUGUGAAAAGAGAGGACAUCUUUUACUGUGGAAAGCUCUGGAAUACCUUCCAUCCACCAAAGUUGGUGAGACCAGCCUUGGAGAGGACUCUGAAAACCCUGAAACUGGACUAUGUGGACCUCUACAUUGUUGAGCUUCCUAUGGCCUUCAAGCCUGGAAAUGAGUUCUAUCCAAAAGACAAGGAUGGAAAAUACAUAUACCAUCACACAGACCUUUGUGCAACAUGGGAGGCUUUAGAGGCUUGCAAAGACGCAGGUCUGGUUAAAUCUCUGGGAGUCUCCAAUUUUAACCACAGGCAGCUGGAGCUGCUGCUGAAUAAACCCGGCCUCAAGCACAAGCCUGUGUCUAACCAGGUUGAAUGCCAUCCUUAUUUCACUCAACCCAAGCUCCUGGAGUACUGCCGCCAGAAUGACAUUGUGAUAGUCGGAUACUGCCCGAUUGGCUCCUCCAGAGAUGCAUCCUGGGUGAAUUUGAAAUGUCCCCCUCUGCUGGAAGACGAGCUGCUUUUAUCCCUUGCAAAAAAGUACAACAAGAGCAGUGCUCAGGUGGCUCUGCGCUUCAAUGUGCAGAGAGGGGUCGUAGUGAUUCCCAAGAGCUUCAGCCCUGAGAGGAUCAAACAUAACUUCCAGAUAUUUGAUUUCUCACUCACUGAGGAAGAAAUCAAAGCCAUCGAACUAUUGGAUAAAAAUAUCCGCUUUGUGGAACUGCUGAUGUGGAGUGACCAUCCAGAGUACCCAUUUCAUGAUGAAUAUUGAAUGUUGUAUAUUGCUCAGCCUCCUCCCUUCAACCACUUCCGUUUAUAAAGGUGCAUUUUCACAAAGAACACUAGAGGGCUCCAGCUCGCAGGGAAUGAGAAGAACCAAUAAAAGGAGACUUCAGGGGGUUCACAACAGCUCAGAUUUCUGAUUACAAAGUUACCUAUACUUUCCUAUGAGCUUUAUUUGUGACUUAUAUCACACUCAUAAAUUGUACAGAGAUGGUUGUGUGUUAUAACAGAUUUUUAAUGCUAACCUGUUUACUGUAUUACUUUU